GGAACGACAGAAUUACAACAGUAUAGGGGCCAAAAAAGUCGUUUAACCCAAAGUAAACAUACUCCUUCGGUCCUUCACUCUCGAAAACCCUAACCCUCAAAAUGAUUACUGCAAAUAAUAUUCCUCGAAGACGCCAUAUCCGUUCAAUCAGGAUACUGUCUCUUUUAAAAUGUGUGUUUUGAGGUGAUGGUCUUUUGCUUUCUGAGAUCAUAUAGAUUCACUGAAGCGACCUGGGAGGCCUUCAGUCUACCCAAUUUUGUAUUUCGUGGGGUCUGCCAUCCUGGAAUUUUUAAACCCAUGAGAGGAAUCAAAGUAAAGGGCUUUUCUAGUUUGCGUGCUCUUGCAUCUGAUGGAGAAUCUCAUGUUCAACCCCUGCCAUUAGUUGAAGAAGAGACAGGUUCAUCGUCAAGUGUACAGUCCACCCCUGAAAUAGAAAAGAAUUAUGUGCAUCGUGUUUAUGAUGCCAUUGCACCUCAUUUUAGUUCCACCAGGUUUGCCAAGUGGCCAAAAGUUGCAGACUUUUUGAACUCCUUGCCCUCAGGAUCUCUUGUGUUGGAUGCAGGAUGUGGAAAUGGGAAGUACUUGGGGUUUAAUCCGGAUUGCACUUUUGUAGGAUGUGAUAUAAGUGGACCACUUAUCAAAAUUUGUGCAGACAGAGGUCAUGAAGUUCUUGUUGCAGAUGCAGUAAAUCUUCCUUACCGAACUGGUUUUGGUGACGCGGCAAUAUCUAUAGCAGUGUUACAUCACCUGAGUACAGAGAACAGGAGGAAGAGGGCAAUAGAUGAAUUAGUCCGAGCUGUCAAAAAGGGUGGUCUGAUUCUAAUAACUGUGUGGGCUGUAGAACAGGAGGAUCGAUCAUUGGUUACAAAAUGGACUCCCCUUAACCAAAAGUAUGUUGAUGAGUGGAUAGGACCAGGCAGUCCUCGUAUUCGAAGCCCUUCAUCCAUCACACUAGAAAGCAUCCCUGAAACCGAGAAUAAUUCAAAAGAGCAUGAAAAAGAUACCGAGAGACUAAACCACGAGUUCAAGGGAACUGCGCCUUCGACAUCUAAAGAUGUUAGAAGUGUACAAAAUCAACAGGAGUAUGUUGAUGAGUGGAUAGGACCAGGUAGUCCUCAUAUUCGAAACCCUUCAUCCAUCACACUAGAAAGCAUCCCUGAAACCGAGAAUAAUUCAAAGGAGCAUGAAAAAGAUACCGAGAGUCUAAACCAUGAGUUCAAGGGAACUAUGCCUUCAACGUCCAAAGAUGAUAGCAGUGUACAAAAUCAACAGGAGUAUUUUGUGCCUUGGCACUUACCUUACCACCGUGCUGAAGUCAGUGGUGCAUCUGCAUGUGCUCUUGAAAAUGGCCUGGCAAAGAAGGAUGAUAAAAAAGGUGCUGUGGUAUAUAACAGGUACUACCAUGUCUUCAGUGAAGGUGAACUUGAAAGGUUGGUUUCUGGAAUGAACAAUGCAGUAGUAGUUGAUCGAUUUUUUGACAAGUCAAACUGGUGUAUCAUUCUUCAGAAAACUUUAUGAGAACGAAACUUGCUGAAAACAUCAAGGAUUGCUUGAAAUUAAUCACAAGAGUUGGUUUGUCCUCUCCUUUGAAGAAGGUGACCCACAAGAGGCAGUGACGGUGACCAUUCAUCGCACUGCACUAAUGAAGGUGCUGGGGUUCAUUUGUGGGAUUAGGUGUUGAGGGGUUGGAGGGAGAGGGGAGUGACUGCUCGGUCAACUUGUAUUUUAUGAUGCUUUAGCUUUACCAUGAGUACUAAUUUCAUGCUGUCCCUGGUAAAGCAGUUUUUAUUUUUAAUUUCCUUCUCCUUUGCGUUUUUGAACACGAAUUGUGAAUGGAAUGUUAUAGAAGCUCAUUACAUUCUUCUUGUGUUA